AUGGCGAAAACAUUCUUGACUUGGAUAAUUUGCAGCACACUCGUUAACCUAUCGUUCACUCUCAAUUGGCCUACAGAAUAUCAUGGAUUUUGCUUCAAUAUGCAUUUGAAUUACAUGUACAAGGUAAAGAAAUUGCAGAACUGUACCGUAGUUGUUGGCGAUCUGAAGGUUAUGCCUUUUGAAAAAUCUACAGUGGAAGAUUUCAAAAAUAUGUCAUUUCCUAAAUUGAAAGAGGUUACAGGCUACAUGGUGGUUUAUCGAGUUUUUGGGUUGGAAACAUUUAGCGAUUUGUUCCCAAAUCUAACUCGAAUUCGGGGAAAUACACUUUUGUAUAACUACGCUUUGAUUGUAUACGACAUGCCCGAUUUGAGAGAAGUCAGUUUAAACGGUCUUUUGAAAAUCGAUCGAGGUGGAGUGAUAAUAUGGGGUGGUCCUCUUACAUGUAACGUGGAUACAAUAGACUGGAAUGCGAUAGCCCCCGGGUCUCGCCACGUUCUCAGCAAACCGGAUAAACAUUGCAACUUCCCUUGCUCUUGCACUAGAAACUUGGCCACGAAUCGCUGUUGGAGUAAUAAAAAGUGUCAGAUCUUCCUCGAAGGACCAGAAAGUUAUAAUUGCAGCACCGAAUGCUUUGGAUGUCGCAACACUAACACUAGUCUCUGUACAUUAUGUAGAGAGUUUAGUUACAAUCAAAAGUGCGUGUCAAGAUGCCCAAACGAUACUCUACUAUUAACGGAUAGCAACUACUGUGUUACAAAAGACGAAUGUAAGCAUUUGGAACGCUGGGCAUGGAAUAACACAUGCGUGUCUGAAUGCCCUAUAAACUACGACAAGUCAAAGCAGCGUUCCGGACAAAUAACUUGUGUUCCUUGUUUUGAUUGUCAUAAGACCUGUAGAAACCUCACUAUACAGUCAUUAUCAUCGAUCCAAGCGGCAGAAAAUUGUGUUUAUGUAAACGGCUCACUGACAAUCCACAUUUGGUCGAUACCGAGAGUGACCAACGAGCUACGGUAUUAUUUAAAGAAUAUUGUCGAAGUAAAAGAUUAUGUUCAUAUUUAUAGUUCUAUUAGUUUAACUUCCCUUGAUUUUUUAUCAUCAUUACAACGUAUAAGAGGUCAGCGUUUGUUUAAUAAUAAAUAUAGCUUACUAGUUUAUAAUAUGCACAAUCUUCAGACUCUUUUCGUAUCUAAUGUUACUCAAAAACUUAAAGUGGAUAGAGGAACAUUAAGGUUUUACAGAAACCCUAUGCUUUGUAUGCAAGAAAUAAACAAAUUAAUAAAUUUAUUCCCAACUGCACCCACCAAACUUGAUAUACCACAAGGCAUGAACGGUUACAGCGGAGUCUGCAAUUCUGUAUCUCUCCAUUUAAAAAUAAAAGAAAUGAAUGAAACAUCGGCAAUUGCGACUUUUCAUCCAUUAGCUAAAGAUGUACACUACACAGUACUAUACGUAAGGAUACCUCAAGGAAUAAACUCGAGUGUUGUACCAGAAAGUUGUAGCGACUUUGAAUGGUUCGCUAUCAAUGUGUUUGAUACAACUAGAAAUAUUGUUGAAGUUGCCUUACAACACCUGCGUCCAGCCUCCAAUUAUGCGAUUUGUAUUGAACAGUAUGAACCCACAACUAGGCAUUUAUCUAGAAGUAAUAUUAUUAAGUUCAGAACUUUAGUUGGAAAACCAGAGCCACCUUUCAUUUUAGAAUUAGUUGCAUCUUCAUCUAGUGUGAUUGUUAUUAGAUGGGUCGAUCAUUUAGAUUAUAGAAAUGAUAUAAUACGCUACGAAUUAGAUGUUAUUUUAGUAGAUAUUCUCGAUAAGUAUAUUAUUGCAAGAGAUCAUUGUGUAAGUAGGGACGAUGAUUUGUAUGAUAUAGAUUUUUCACGUCAUGCUAAAGUAAUGCGUCCACCAAGAAAUUAUGAGAAAGGCUGUGAAUCUAUGUGUGGAGUUUUAUCUUCUGUUACCAUAGGAGCGAUGGUUGAAGAUCAUUUUGAAAUAUGCGACACUUUUAAGGACUGUAAUAGUGAAUCAGAUCGUCCCAAAAACUGUAGUUCUAAUGGGUUAAUUAAAACUUUAGCUUUAGAUAUAAAUGGCCGAAAGAAAAAAUACCAAGUUGGUGGUCUAUCACCAUUUAGAGAUUAUAAAUUUAGUUUACGUGCUUGUACGAAAGACGCAUGCAGUCGAUCAGCUAGAGGCACAGUUAGGACAUUACAUUCGAAUAUAGCUGAUCUACCGUAUAAUAUGACGUUAAGCGCUAAUAUAUCUGGAUAUAUUUUUGUUGGAUGGAAUUCGCCAAAAAUAACAAAUGGUCCCAUCCUUUCUUACACAAUAGAAGUAUAUCCCAAUAUUAUGAAUCAAAAGUCGAGUGAUAUGAAAUACGUGAUGUUACAAUCUUGGUGUGUCCCUGGAAAUAAAACUAAUUUGAUUGUAAAAUCUAAUAAAGCCACUAAAUAUUUUGUACGCGUUUGCUCUUCAACAUUGGUCCACGCAUAUAUUUGUAACGAUUGGUGUAAGAUAGAUGUUACUGCAGACGAUGCUUCACACGAACACGAGAUAAUAUGGUGGUGGAGUGGAGUGCUAUUUGGGAUAUUUUUAUGCGUGUUUUCUUGUGUUGUUGGCUAUAAGUUUAAGAAAAGAAAUAGUGACACUAUCCCACUGUUUGACGCUACAUCUGCACAUCGACAGGAAAGCGAGCCACCUGCUAGCAUGCUAUCAGAUUUUGCACCAGUUUAUCGAGUUUCGUGGCUUGAGUUGCGCGAUUUGUCU